UUCGCGCGGCGAGCGUGCUCCAGCGAACAGCAGCAGCGGAGUUCCGUGCCCCUUGUGUUGGGUGUCGGUGUCGGGCCCGCGGUUCUCUGCACGGAGGGGUAGCAACGGGUUGUGAUCAGCGCGCUUCAACAUCCAAGAUGUCGUCGUCGGACACCCAGGCGACGAACCGGACUUGGGAGCUGAGCCUGUACGAGCUGAACAGGACCCCGCAGGAGGUCAUCACGGACAGCACCGAGAUCGCAGUGUCACCGCGCAGCCUGCACAGUGAGCUCAUGUGCCCCAUUUGCCUGGACAUGCUCAAGAACACCAUGACCACCAAGGAGUGCCUGCACCGCUUUUGUCAGGAGUGCAUCAUCACGGCGUUGCGCAGCGGCAACAAGGAGUGCCCGACGUGCCGCAAGAAGCUGGUGUCCAAGCGCUCGCUGCGAGCGGACCCCAACUUCGACAUGCUCAUUGCCAAGAUCUACCCGAGCCGGGAUGAGUACGAGGCCCACCAGGAGCGCGUCCUUGCCAAGCUGAACCGGCAGCACUCGCAGGCCCUGGCACACAGCAUCGAGGAGGGCAUGCGCAUGCAGGCUCUCAACCGCAACCAACGCGUGCGCAAGCACGGUGGCGACGAGAACAACGGCAGCAGUGGACCGGCAACCCCAGCUGCCACCGCGUGCGUGUCAAUGCCGGCUUCUGGCGCAACAUCAAACAGUGGCGGCCACCAGGUCGCGAGCACUGCCACCCCAACCAUGCCCACCUCUUUCUCGGGGGCGGCUGCUCCUACGGCCAGCAGUACAGUGCAACAGCAGCAACAGCAGCUGCAGCAACAACAGCAGCAACAGCAGCAACAACACCAGCAGCAGGAGCAGCAGCAGCAACAACAACCACCACAACAGCAGCAGCAACAGCAGCCACAGCAGUUGCAGCAGCAGCAGCCGCCACCACGUCAGACACCGACCCCCGGCAGCUGCAGCGAUGCUACCAACCAGAGCAGCACCAGCAGUGUGGGCUCCUCGCAGCCACGCAAGAGGCCUAAGACGCAGCAGGCCGCGACCUGCUCCAACGACACGGAGUCCGCCGGAGGGGAGACCGAGGAGACAGACGCGGAGGACGGUGACGCCGCCCUCAACAGCGAGAUCGAGCUCGUGUUCAAACCGCAGCCGCAGAUGAUGCUGGAGGACUCCAGUGCGCAGGUCCGCUACAUCAAGACCACGGCAAAUGCAACUGUGGACCACCUCUCCAAGUACCUGGCGAUGCGUUUGGCCCUGGACAAGUUUGAGCAGGACGCGUCAGCUCCCCGCAGUGUGGCGCCGUUCGUCAUCUACAUUGCUGUUACACCUGGCCAGUUCACCCCCCUUCAGGGUAGCAUGACGCUUGAUCAGGUCAACGAGAAGUACUGGAAGGUCAACAAGCCCCUGGAGAUGUACUACGCACACCGGAAGGCUUGAAGCGGCAUCAGUAGCUCUCUCUGUUGCCUUGCAAAACUACCAAUGUGCUGUGAACUUGCGUGAUGUGCGUGCAUGUGUAAGUGUGCAUCUCUGGCAAGACACGUCGGCAUCGUUGCGGCGAAUGGUGAAAACCGUUACGUGGAGAAGCCGCUCUGGUGUGGAAGCCGUGCAGCGUUAAGUUUACCUUUGACCCCCUGCCGCAUGAGAGUUUCUCAAUAUUACCUGGAGGGAAAUUUGGUUACGCGGUGCUGUUGCGCGCAUGGGAAUGCCAGGAAGUCCAGGUUUCGGGUUGGCAUCUUUUCAUCAGAGAGCCAGGAUACCUUGAAGACGCGUCUGGAGAACGGCAUUACGUUUGUCACAGUGGUUAGGUGCCUACUAAUGCAGUGUGUACAAUGGUGUCAUUUUUUUUGUUUUUGUUUUCUUUCUCUGUUAUGUAAGAGCACUUUUUGCUCAAGCAUAAGCACUUGUGUCACGUUUAUUUAUUACAUAGCGCACGUAUUGUACAGUUAAAUCAAAGAUGAAAAAAAAAAGUUGUGGCAGGCUAUGGUACUGGGGGGCCGCUGUAGUUGAGAAAAGAUGGAAUCUGCACUCGCUUGCACGUCAAUUUCAUUUGUAUACUUAUGUUAUCUUUGUUUACAGAGAAAAAAUGGAAUCUACACUCGCUUGCACGUCACUUUCAUUUGUAUACUUAUGUUAUCUUUGUUUACAGAGAAAGGUGGAAUCUGCACUCGCUUGCAAGUCAAUUUCAUUUGUAUACUUAUGUUAUUGUUGUUUACAAAGAAAAGAUGGAAUCUGCAUUCGCUUGCACAUCAAUUUCAUUUGUAUACUUAUGUUAUCUUUGUUUACUUGUACUAUAUGUGAUUAAACUUAGAUGAAUUAAAUUUCAAUCAAGGAUGCACGCCAUGUUAAUCAAGCCUUUCUAUUAAGAUUUCAUUCGAAGAAAACUUUUUUCUUUCUUCAGACGUAGCCAUGUUUUAGGCCAGCCUGCAUUCAUGACAAGCCGAACCGCUGUCGAACCACUUGUAUUCCGGCAUUCCAUUGUAGUGCCCGUUGAGAAACUUGCAUAGAAAGUAGCAUCAGAUUUCCCACUGGGCAAUAUUGUAAAAAACUCUUAUACCCUUCCUCACCCCAUCUCCCUUUCUCUCAUUUUUCACCCUCCCCUUUUCCUUGUGUCUGUGAAAAGUGUUCAGCAUCAACUCCUGGAGCCUACAUGUGUGCAAGUUGUCGGUGCUGGGUUAUGCAAGAGUGGACUGAGUGACGUGUAAGAGGUACGGGGUGUCGUUUGACGAUUGGCAGUGGCAGUUGAACUGACUGCAAUCCUUCGAGGCAACAGCCUUCGAAGACAGCCAAGAUCUUGAGCACAAUGGAUUACUGGCAUUAUUGUUCUGCCACUGAUUGUGAGUCUAUGAUUAUUAUUAUUUUUGUUUUCCCAAGGAACAAUGAAUUCUAUAAAAUGAUCAGUUUCUUGUGUGGUAGCAUUGCAACAUUGUAAAUAUUUUCUGAUGGCCAAAAUACAGUGCUCAAAGCAUUUCA